GUUUCAAAAUUGAUGGACAUUUUUAUUUUUUAAGGUUGAUUUUUAAAAGUGAAAUGCAUAUCUGAUUUUUAAUAUAACAAGUUACAGAUACUUUCGCUUGCUUUCGCUUUCUCUUUUGUCCACAUGAAGCAGGCAGGUUGGGUAGGUCAGGUGGUUGGAAGGCUGGAGCGGCGGGAUCAAAGACGCUAGAGACAAAGCGCGCAUCAGCGGAAUCGGCGCGGCUGUAACGGCAGGUAUUCUCGCAGCCAUGCCAAGGUGUUCUGUGGUCAUGCUGUAACGCUACCGCGCCGGGUACAGCCACUGUACGCCGGGUGCGCUGGCACGCUUGCAUGACGGCAAUGUGCUAACAGGGAAAGCGGCAGAGGCACACACUGAGUAACUAAUUUUCACCCGACGUGAGUUUAUUCGUGAUAUUUGUGAAAUUUUAGUGAUUUUACUUUGGUAGAACUUUUGGUACUGGAGCUUUAAUUGUCAGCAUUGUUUUUCUGCGCCCUUUUGUGCGAUUGGUUACUGCAGUUACGCAUGUUUCCGUGCUGAAAAGACGGGGACCGGGAGUACUAGCAUUUUGCGUGACACUGCUAGUUGCGCACACGCUCGGUUCAUUUGUUUCACUUCGAGUUUUUCAUGGAGCGCCUUAGAGCCCCACAUUCACACUCGGAUACCUGUUGCAUGCAGAGUGCACCUGUGCAUGCGAACUCCAGAUGUAACUCGGGAACUUCUUCCGUCCAAGAAUCGCAUAAGUGCAGGCCUGAAACUUGGCAGCAGUCGUCUGGCAGCUGUAGUGGCACGCAUGUGUCGUUCGCGAAAGAGCCGAUCUUGGAACCAAAUGCGCAUUCUUGCCGAACAUCGCAUUCUAUUGACGAUGUCGGCGAUCUCCAAACAGCGCGCGCAGCCGAAAAAAAAUGCUUCUUGCAGCAGCAGCAGCCCCGUCAGAAGUUUGAAACAGUCGCCGAUAUGACUAAUCGGUUUGUCCAGUACUUCACGACACUGCAUUUGGAACGCGAAUGCACAGCCGGUGUGUACAUAUGCACUGUUUGCCUGUCAGCCCAAAGAACUCUUGCCCGAAUCCGGGAGGCGGUCAGGAAGGAUCCACAAGGUCGUCGUGUAGCUCUGAACAAUGGCAAGUUCAUGAAACUUUUGGUGAAACUCUGUAAACUCGAAUCGCCUGGGCCACCGAGUAUCUGCACCGUCACUGACAGAAAAAUGACAAACUUCUAUGAAACGCAGGCAUACCGUAAGCUUGCGGGCACAGUAAGCAUAUUGGAAGAUGAGCAGAGUGAGGAGCUGUGGAAAUGUAUCCUUGGCAAGGCAGUGAAGGGUAUUAGACCACUUACUUACACUAUCAGUUUCCAAAGUGCCCGUAUACCUGGUGGUAGCUCUUGCAUGUGGGACAAGGACUGUUACCAGGAACCACCACAAGGUAUGCUCAUAAGCCAACCCAAAGCUGUGGGUAAGGUGAAUCCGUUCCCUGUGUCCGACCUUAAGACUUUAGAUGUGAUUCGGUGUGUAGAUGCUCAGCGUUUAAUAGUCUACCGUAGUGCCAAUGGCAAAGCAAGUGUAGACACCUUGAACUUGUUGCUGGCCGAGUUUCACCAAGACUUGACUGGCGCACCUCGAGAAGAUCCUCCAAAUGUUGGGGACAUUGUCGGCCUGUUUGCAUCCAGUGAUCGUUUGCUGAGAAUGCUUGUUGUCGAAGUGACUGAAGACAUGGCUGUGGUAUGGUCCAUGGAUGAAGGUCAUUUUUGCAAGCUUCGUUGGAGCAGCCUGAUUGAUGUGUUGCCGUCAUUCAGAUGCUUGCCACCUGCAGUUGGCCUGGGUGUCCUCCCAGGUGUGCAUGCAGUACCAUCCCUGAAACUUUUGAGAGAAUGUGUGAGGACUUUUCAGACUGUGACAGACCACAGUGGCCAGGAAGCAUCCUUCCAUGUUGCCAUGGUGACAAGGAUGAAGGACUAUGGGGUGAUUGAAGUUCUCUCAGGCCUUCUCCACUGCCCAGACUAUGACACAAGGAUGGCCACUGCAACUUUUCUCACUCGGCUGUGCUGCCGGCAGAUGGGACGCCAGGCUGUUUCAAAGGCAGGCUGUGUAGACAAAGUGCUAGGGCGCCUGAGGAAGCUGGUGGCUAUACAACGACAACAAAGCAGCUAUCAUAUGAGAACUGAGGAAAAGCUUAUUUUGGUGAACCUCUUGCAGUCCAUGUUCUUCCGCAAUGAGGAGCUUUGCCUUGACUAUGCCGACUCGGACCAUAUUAUGAUCCUCAGCAAGAUUCAUCAAAGUUCAUCACCAACCUGCCAGCUCUACCAAGAAGUUGACUAUUGUCUACGCACAUUGCUUGGUCCUGCCUAUAAUAGAUGCAGACUCCCUGCUCAAAUUAAGCAGGUUGCCAUGACUCCUGAAAAGUUGAAAAAUGAAAACCUUUCAGAUGAACCAAGCAUGGCACUGCAGCAUUACAAUGAAAAGAAUGCUGCAGGCCGCUUCUACUGGCGUGACAGCCUGGUGCCCUUUCGCUCAGACCAGACCCACGAACUGCGACCAGUACGCAACAUGCGAAUGGCAUCGACCCGCACGCUGUCAAAGGUGGCCUGCUCAUUCUUGAAUUCUUGGCAGCCAUGUACCGUGUACUAUGGCAUCUCUCGUGAGGGCUUGGUGCGGGGUGUCAUACUGAAUCACAGGGAGCGUGAUGCCCUGCGCCAGGGUGUUGAUAUGAUGGUGGGUGGUCUGCGACCUCGUCUGAUGCCACAGAGCAUUGCCAUUGAGUUUGUGCCGGUGUUGCGCACUUCCAAGGAUUCACGUGAGACAGUCUCUUGCUUUGUUGUGGAAGUGAUGGUGCGAGGUGCUCCUGACACGGUUUACACUACUUCAGACGGUGACUGCUACUUGCGAGCUGGCGACAUGUCCUACCAGGCCACCACGCAGGAUGUGCGGGCUUGGAUUGUUCAGCAGGAGGAGGCCCGCUACCUGCAAGCACCCAACACUACUGCUCCACUGGGUCCUCUUCCCACUGAUCUAAGCCAGCCAUCACUCCACCCCUGGCACAGAGUUGUGUACUGAGCAACAGAGUCACUUUUUUGUCACAUAGAAAGUGAACCAUCCGUAAAGGAAAUUCUAUUUCUUUGCGAAGUUAUAAGUUUCACUAGCCAAGCAUAGGCGCUAUCCCCCGUACAGCAUUUUGGGGUUUAUCACUGUAUUUUCUUGUCAGUACUCUCAUUCACAUCUCCUUUAUCCAUUUCAUUUGUAAGAUCCAGUGUGUUAAUAUGCAGAGUGUCUGCAAGUGUAUUCAAGAAAUACUUAUUUAUUUUCUUAUAGUUUCUGAGUUAAUUUUCUUUCUCAUUUUUUGUGUAAGCUCCUUCAUUGAGGUUGAGAAUUUGCACUCUAUUACAAGGGCCAUGAAAAUAGGCUUAAAAAGCUGCAUUAUUAAUGUCUGAAAUGACUUCUUGCAUACCUAAUGUGUGCUAUAUAAGGAACAUGAUUUUCUCUGACAAAAGAAAGAAUAGUAUACUUAUUUUUGACUAGUUAUAUAAUGCGUUAAAAAGAUGUCAGCAAGACUUUUUACCUUGUCGUCUACUAAAAGAAGACUAUAAAUUGGUGGCUCUGCUAUACUUUUACUGCAUGCAGCUAUGCAGGGCAUGCAGCUGCUGGUAAAUUAACCGUCCUUGUUAGAAAGUGUCUCUUUAUGAACAAUGUCCCUGCUAUGUACUCGUUAAACAAAACGUUUGGUGACCGAGCAUGAGUGCUUAGCUUACGUAAAGGUGGCACAGGUGCUCUUGCAGUUUUUAUGUUUAUUCUGGGUUGACUAGAAUUAAUGACAAAUGCGCAACUAAGGAAAAAAAUAUCGCACAGAAUUCAUGACAAUUUAUAGCAUUUAUUGUCUUGCGUAAACCUAAAUUCGUACGGUUUGUUUGGAUAUUCUUGCAAUGUCAUCAGAUGAAUACGUACAGGAAGCAUUUAUUGUGUGACAAUUUUAAAUGGGGCUGUCUCAACACUUCAGUCAUAUUACCAUAGUUUUGAUAAAGGUACACGUGCUAGUCAAUUUUUAGAGUUCACAAAUCUCUUGCGAGAUGCAGGAACGUUCAUUUUUCUUAAUGUCCUGCAAAUAUAUAUUUGCUCACAGGCGUUUGGGAUGCUCUAAACUCUCUUACACUGCCUAAAACCCAUAUUUUAGUUUGAGAUAGUAUUGCCCAUUGGUUCAGCACUGGUCCUAAUGUACUUUGUGCUUUGACAAAAUGUUGCCUUGUUUUAAUGCUCUCAAUGUCAUGUGGCUCACAUCUUAGCUUUUAUCAGCUGGUUUGACUGCAAAAUGCUUGUGAUCUUCCAUAUUUUAACUUUGCUGCAAAGCUACCAUAAAGCAGCAUCAAUUUUUGACAAAAUGCUGUUUUUCUGUUAAUGCAUUGCACAUGUAGUAGUAGCAUUGUGCUUAAUCUGAAAAUAUUUUUUUCUUUAUAUACCGCCUUGUGCUUUUUGCCAUGUUUACUUACAAGCAGCAACAAGAUUGCAGUUCAUAGUGAAUUGCCAGCUUAUGCUAUUGCUUGUUACUUCACAUACAAGUGCUGAUGCAAUAUUUCACUUCUGGUCCAGUUAUUUGUUAAACAAGAAUUUUAUGCUGUCAUACUGCAUGUUAUUUUUCUCAAAUCCAUGCCAAAUGUAUCUUAAAAGUCACAGGAGCCUAUUGUUGGUUCUACAGAAGUAGUCAUAUAAUGAAGUUUGUCCCACUAAUUGUUGUAUGGCAUCUUGUUGCACUUGUUCAGUGUGCUUUGAUAUAUAAUCUCAAAAAUAUUGGCACUUUGUAUUUGCUCUCUUUCCAAAGUGUUUUCUGUAGUCUUAGCAUUUCUAACUGUAUGAAAAUAAGACUUUGAGACCCAGGUGAAUUUGCAACUGGGAAUGCAACUGGUCUCAGUUCAACUGGUUUAUGGAACAAUUCCCAGUUAGUCCCAGUUGAAACUGGUUCCAGUAGACCCGUUGCAACUGGUUCCAGUGGGUCCCCAUUGUAACUGGUCCCAGUUGGUCCCUAUUGAUACUGGCUCCUGCAGAAGCCUACCACAAGUGUGUUCUGCUGAUGGAUUUCACACAACAAAGGUAGCUCAGCUUUUUUUUUUUUUUAAUUUGAAUUCCAGCUGUCAAGUGCCUUCGAAAUGUCUUGUAUUUUUUCUGUGAGAAGGUGCGACAAAUUUUUCAGUGUGUCUGACACAUCCACAUUUUUCUUCUGGCCCCAGUGCUGGAUUGUAGCUGAAAACAAUUAUAAUGUUUCUUGUAUAAGUGAAAAAACAACUUCAGAAACCAUACAAUGAUAAAAUUAUGCAAAGGCAAUAUAGAAAAUUACGUCUCAUUAUGACAAAGAAUGACAAAAUGACUUAUCUGUAAAUUAGAUUAUGCACUAGCAAUAACUUAAGACUGAAGUGGCAAAUGUACCACUGUUUAAUUCAAGGAGGAUUUGUAUACUAGAUGUUUCAGCCAAUUACGUAUGCUCAUUCCCAUGACACCACAAUAAAGGCAUGCUCUUUUAAUACAAAAUAUUUUGGCCUUGUAAACAAAUUCUUCAAUAUCCCGAAAGACUAGCGCAAUAAACACAACGACCCUUGUGUUCUUCUGUCAA